AUGCGGUUAUUAUUUAUAGGAGUUUUCUUCAUUCAAUGUGCCUUCGCAGCGGCCGGGACAGUGGCCAUUGGCAAUCUCGCUGUCGCCUUUCAGGGAAAAGGCUAUCAAUCAACCCCGGAAAAGCCGUUGAAAGGCCCGAUGAACGAUUUGUGGUGUCAAGCGUCGGACAACGGAGAGCACAAAGAGAUCGCAAAUGCGCGUUUCGUUCGCGUCCACGAUCGGAAACACUUUGAGGCUCAUAUCGAUGAUGACUCAAAAAAAGCGAUUCUGAUCUUUGGCAAUGUUCCCGUUACAGAGGCGGCCAAGUAUCGCUGCGAGAUUACGACAUCCGACGGAGAUCACGUCUUCGGGAACAUGUUCGCUUAUUCUCAUCCGGUCAUUCACACGAAUACCUCUGUGGGAGUUUACAAGCCAGAUGACAAUCAAGAGAACGAGCUAGUCGCCAAGCAGGCUAUUUACACGGAUUUGGAUGCCUCUGCUCAAUUCGAUUGCCCGGUUGUCGGCUAUCCGCAUCCGAAUGUCGUCUGGUAUAAAGACGGAUUACCCAUUGAUGCGGGUUUAAAAUACGUGAUGCGUCAUCGCGGCAAGCAACUCACCGUUAAGAACAUUACGGAAGCGGAUAUUGGCGUUUAUCGGUGUCGGGCCUACAACACGUUUGCUUCGAUCGUUGAUGGAGCGGAGAUGAUCAUGAAGUCACAUUGGACAUCUCACUACAGU